GAGAGUUGUUACAUCAGGAGAUGGAGGUUGUUAAACGAGGAAUGGGUCAUGGCGACCUAUCUCUUGAGGCGUUCUCGCAAGUGUGGGAUGAAUGCUAUUCCCAAGUGUUGUAUCUCCCGUCACAAGGCAGGUACACGAGGGCAAACCUGGCUAGCAAAAAAGACAGGAUAGAAUCUCUUGAGAAAAGAUUAGAGAAUAACAGGUCUUAUAUGACAAAAGAUUCUAAAAAAGCUGCAAAACUUGAAAAGAAAUUGAAAAUUUUAUUGGGAGGAUACCAGUCUAGAAGUCAAGGUUUAUUUAAACAGGUAACAGAAUUACAUGAGCAGCUUGAACAGACGUUUGUUGAGUUAACAACAUUUGAAAAUCUACGCCAGCAUGAGGUUGGAGCUAUACCCAAGAGAAUGGAGUCAUUGACGGAAGAUGUUGUACGGCAAACAGAGCGAGAACGGGAAUUACAGAAACGUUACAGUGAUCUCCAGUUCCGAAUGUCAUUGUUACAAGUCACAAAAUGAUCGUCAUUCCAUAAAAACUUUCAUCUUACAUUCAUAGGAACAUUUUGUACAUUACUCAUCAGACAUUUCUAUUAUUGUGAGCAACAUGUUGGCAGAUGGCUGAAAGUACUUUGCCAAUUUCACUGAAAAUUCUGUUGUUUUUUUUACUAGGUGUGCAUAAAUAAGCUAAACCACUUCAGAAACAUACACAUAUGUUUUCCUAGAAUGUAAAUUUUUUUUACAUUUUACAUGACAAAUAUUAAGAGUUUAAAUGUGUGACCUUAUAUGAACAUGUUUACAUCUUUUGUUUUAUAAAUUGACCACAUAUAAAUUGACUGGCAUAUGUCACAUGUACCAUGUAAAUUUGUAAAGAGAAGUUAUUGAAUAUUAUAUCCAUCCAUUUAUUUUAUCAAUGAGUUUAGACAGUUAAAAUUUUUGGUGAUUAUCCCAUUCUUUGAACUGUUUAUUUCUGUUUUAUCUGAAGGGUUAAAUGUGGGAAAUACUUGAGCCGUGCCAUGGGAAAACCAACAUAGUGGCUUUGCGACCAGCAUGGAUCCAGACCAGCCUGCGC